AGUAAACUGUUUUUGCCAUUGAUUUCCAAAACCGCUGAAUUUAAUCCGUUUUGAAGUAUGAUGAAAGUUCAAAUAGUGGCUGUCUGCAUCUCCACUCUAGCCGGUACAGUUUAACAUCAUGGAGGACGUCGUGAAUGCAUUGAAGAUGAGUUGAUCUCCAGCAAAACAAGCUCGAAAAUGGCAACAUACCACACCGAAGGACAUUCUGUUGUUGUGGAGGUGAGCCCAGACAUCCAUAUAUGUGGCUUCUGCAAGCAGCAGUAUAAUAAUUUCGAUGUUUUUCUUGCCCAUAAACGAAAUGGAUGCUCUUUACCAACCUCUGACACAACAGCCAUCACUACAGCAGCCCCUCUCACAGAUUCCAGUGCUGAGUUUGUUUUCGAGGAAACCUACCAGACCUGCGUUAUGAGAGGUGUCAAAAAGAUCCUGACCAAAGCACAGAAAACACCUUCCAAAAAAUUAAAACCUUCCCUGACUUCAAAGAGACACAGCUGCUGUUUCUCAGGUUGCACUUUUAAGACGCAGUAUGGACAAAAAGACAUGGAGCGGCACCUCAAAACCCACACCGGUGAGAAGCCCUUUGAAUGUGAGCUGUGCCACAAGCGCUUCAGCCGGCGGGACAAACUCAACAUGCACAGCCGCUCACACACAGGCGAGAAGCCACACAAAUGUAAACACUGUCCCUACGCAGCAGCAGACAGCAGCAGUUUGAAGAAGCACCUGCGGAUCCACUAUGACGAGCGGCCUUUCAAAUGCCAGAUCUGUCCGUACGCCAGCCGCAACUCCAGCCAGCUCACCGUACACCUCCGCUCACACACGGGGGAUGCACCUUUCCAGUGCCAGCAGUGCGAUGCAAAGUUCAAAAUCAACUCCGACCUGAAGAGGCACAUCCGGAUUCACUCGGGCGAGAAACCUUACAAGUGUGACUUUUGUGAAUAUCGCUGUGCCAUGAAAGGCAACCUGAAAUCUCACAUUCAGAUCAAACACGGCACCGAGAACUCCUUCCGCUGCGGCCACUGUGAUUUCCAGUGUGCCAGCAAGAACGCUCUGCGGCAACACUCGCGAGAGCACCAGCCCAUUCAGCCCAUCCAGUGUUCCAAAUGCUCUUACUCCUGCACCAGCAAGGGGGCACUCAAAGUCCACGAGAGGAUCCACUCAGAGGAGCGGCCUUUUAAAUGUGACUUCUGCAGCUUCGCCACCAAGCAGCGCAGCAACCUGGUCAUCCACAAGAAGAAGUGCCACUCGGACAAACCUGAGAAAGGAAGCAGUGGGAAAGGUGUUCGAGGAGGAGGAGGAGGGAAAACUGGAGCUGAUUCUCCAAAUCCAAUCGGCUCCAGGUACCGGGCUAAACUGGAAGCGGCCCGAGCUUUCUGCUGUGACUCGUGCGACGCUUCCUUCGUGAGGGAAGACUCCCUGCGGAGCCACAAGAAGCAGCACAGAGACGCUCAGAGUGUGAUGCAGCUGCAGCUCCCCACCCAAACUGAAACAACGGCACACAGCAACUCCCACCUUGACUCUCCUUACAGCAGUGCACAGCUCAAAAUCAUUGUAUCCCACCCUAUGAGUCAAGAGAACUCCUUAAUCCCAGCUGCUGUGGAGAGUCAGCAUAAAAUGGUGCUUCUAAGCCCGGAGAGCCAGGACAUGGUUGUGAACUCCAUGAUCCAUCAGGUCAACUUGCUCACGCCUAUGCAACCUCUCGGGGUGCCCUCGGAGACCACCCUCGAGCCCCAGACGGUCCUGUUGACGACCAACGACCCGCUGCACCAGGCGCUGCUGCACACCGCCCUCAGCGCUCAGGACCCCAUUAGCUCGCAGACUUUCAUCACCACCUGCUCGGAGCUGGAGGGCCUCAACGCUUUGAUCCAGGAGGGCGGCACCGAGGUAACCGUGGUGACAGAGGGGAUACCCGCCAUGGUGACGACUACAACUCCAACCACCUUGGUGUGUGAUCCAGCAGUUAAGGUGGCGGAGAGUGCCUUACACUGUGAGGAGGGUGCGUUACUGGUGCCGAACAUCAGCCUGGGAGGACAGAACGUUGUGAUCCACGGCGUCCCAAUGAUAGUGUCCGCUCAGCCUCAGCAGAGCACUAUAGAGCAGCUCUCUUCUCACACACUUUACUCGGACACACACACGCUGGAAGGCCUCCCACAAUGAGGAGUUUUUUCUAAGACUAUGAAGACUUUAACUGCUUAUAAGCUAUUUCUUUGCCAGUAAGAACUCUUUAGGUCACGGGACAUUAACAGUAACAAUUUUUGUUUCUAGCUAUUUUAUCAUCAAUCACUAAAGUAACAAUAAUGCUUACUUUGGACUUCAUUAUUUCAGCUUUUAGAAUAACUUAAAUGUUGUCAUAGCGCAGUAGUUCAAUCCAAAAUGUCAUCAUGUGUAACACUGAAUAACUUCUGAGGAUAAAAAGUGUAUCAGGGUUCCCACACGUCCUGAAGAAAACUGGAGAAAAUGUAUCCGAAACUUAUUGCGCUAUAACGGUCUCCUAUUUUCCUUUUUGCUGACAACUAACUUUAAACUAUUGAUCACAGCUUCCCAAAAUGAAUAACAUUGUCACCUGAAUAGGCUAUGUUAUGUUCAGAAUCAUAUUUAUAUACCUUUUUGAAAUGGUAGUUUAUGGAAACGGGGCAUUAAAAAUAGUCUGCUCUUGGUUAUGAGUGUGGAAAUGUUGUGAAAAUCCCCCCCAAGUUAAACACAUCACAUGCUAGCUGGUUGUUAAAUGUUAAAAUGAUUACCAUGUUUGAUCCAUUCUCUUAAAGUUGACAUGAUAGGUAGCUUAAGAUAUGUAAACAUCAGUCUAAAUCUGUCAAUGUGCAAAAUUGAGGGGGACUAUUUGUGUUAGUGGUUUUAUGACUGUUCAUAUUCAGCAUGUAAGGGAGGAUUUAGAGCAUAAGUUAUAGCCAGUUAUAUUUUUUAAUCAGAUAUCAACAGAGGAACAAUUUAGCGUAAGUGGGAACCUUGGUAUUCAUUUGGACAAACUUUCACACAUUCUUUGUUGGAGGGGAAUUAUUGGAGUAAUCGAAAUAUAACUAAACCUUAUUUCAAUGUUAUUAGGUUUUUUUUAAGACGAAGUUUAAUGUUAGGCAAUCUAAAGAAGAAUAAAGCCUGAAUCAAAUGGACACAACUUGAAUUUGAAUUAAUGUCUUUGAUGGAUGUCUCUGCUUUGUCCACUAGGUGGCAGUAGAGUGCUACAAGUGAAGUUUACUCUGAUAUUGAGUGUUGUAUUGACUCUAAAUUAUUCUGUAUGUGUAGUCUUUUUUCUCUUUCAUUCUGAAUCUAUAAAGUAGAUUUGGAGAAAACAUCAGAUGGCAAAUCAAGGUCUUACGUUUAAAAGUCAAGUUGCUCUCUUGAUAGAUUUUUC